UUUUAAAAUCGUUUUUCCCUCCAAAAGUUAUUAUUUAAUUUUUUGUCCGUUUUUAUUCUUGUGACAUUUUGUCUCAGUGAUAUUGUUUAAUACUGAUAUUACAAUUAUUAUAAAGGAACUAGAAGCAAAAUUGUUCACGAAAUAAUGGAUGACAAAGAAAACGUAUCGUUUCUAUCUAAUGUAUCUUCUAUCAAUGUACCUACAAACGAGUCAGCAACAAAAGAGAUUGCUGAAAAUGCUGGAGAAUUCGGUGUAAAGGUUGAACCUACAGCCAAGAGAAAAUACUAUCGUCAGAGUAAUGAUGUAGCUGAUAAGCAGACGGAGGCUGAGGAAAGGAGGGAAGCAGCUCUAAACCAAAUGAGAUAUUUGUUGUCUCUAUGCGAAAAAUAUUCUGAACUUUAUAAAAAGACAUUGUCUACGGAAAAUUCAAAACAACUGAAACAUCCAAAACAGAUCAAUAAAUUUACGCAUACACUUGGAAAAGAAGACAUAGAAGGCAUCCAGUCUGAGGCACCUAGAAAGAGUAGGCAAAGGUAA